AUGCUAGCACCCUCUGCCCACCGUGCGCCCAGCCGCCCAGUCACUCCAUCAGCGCCAGAGGAAAACAGUGCUGGUGAGCAGAAAUAUCCCUCUCCUAAAGAGCAGCUCAAGAUCCCUAUGAAGUGGAAAAGUCCCCAAGACUUCGCUCAGCUGCCAUUGGUCUAUCAAUCUCCAAACGAUCAGUUGAAGGAGCACUUGACAAAGGAGGAGUGUAAUGAGCCUAAUGAUCUGCAGACACAGCAGCAGUUUCCUCCUUUGCUGUCUGACAGUGAGGAGGAGAAUGAGAAGGGAGCUCUGCCCCAGAAUGUGCAGUCACAAAAGACCAUGGGUGGAGGGGGAUGUCGACCUCCCAACAAGUCUGCUUCAUGGACUUUGCCCCCCUGUGGUGUAACAGUUACCCCUCGAUCACCAGCGAGGUUUUGGCAGCUGGUUCGCCAGAAGGCUGCCACAGAGGGGGAUUGGGACUUGGUGGAAAGGCUGGAAGUGCCACAUACGAUCACCAUUCCAGCACAGACAUGUUCCCUCAUGAAUGUUUCUGAUGACUCUAAUGAGCGUGAGCCCAUGGUAGAAAAGGCAGCUCCGGGGACUGAUCAGCAGGACAACCAUCAAGUUUUGGGCUGGAAAGUUGUGCAGGACUUGCGGUCCACAGUGGUAAAGUAUGGUGUGAACUCGAGUGAGACGAUGCAGCUUUUGCGUGUUAUAGACACUGAUUUGUUGUGUCCGUUUGAUAUCAAACACAUUGCACAAGUGAUUUUUCAGCCUGUUCAGUUCUCCGUAUUUGAGUCUAAUUGGAAGAAGCUAGCUGAGAAAGCCGCAAUACAGAACAUGCAGAGAGCCCAGGGCAAUCCGUUGUUGGGGGUGGGGGUGGAUGCGCUCAUGGGGAUGGGGGCUGUGUUUUCUAACCCAAAUACACAAGCCCAUUGGCAUCCCUUGAUACUUGAGCAGAGUCAAAGAAUAGGGAUGACUGCAAUUCGGAAAACAAUGGAGAUUGCAUCUCCGUGCCCUUGCUACACGGUGAUUAAACAGGGUCCCCGGGAACCAUUCUUGCAGUUUGUGGAAAAGAUCUCUGCUGCUAUUGAAAAGCAGGUAGACGAUGAAGGCCUUAGACAAAUCCUGUGCCGACAACUAGCAAAAGAUAACGCAAAUGAGGAUUGUCAGAAAAUUAUUGAUGCGUUGCCGGGUGAGCCAUCCAUAGCUGAUAUGGUUACUGCUUGCUCUAAGGUGGGUACUACUGACUUUAAGAUGGCCUCACUUGCAGCUGCCCUGAGGUCAAAAGGCCCAAAGAAGUGUUUUAAUUGUGGGAAAGAAGGGCAUCUUAGGGCCAAUUGUCAAAAUGGGAAGGCACAAUUGGGAGCUAAUCUGGGGAGCUUUCUUUGUAAUCGCUGUGGCAAAUCUGGCCACUUUGCUAAACAGUGCAGAUCUAAGUUUCACGCGAAUGGUCAGCCCAUACAGGGAAACGGCAAGAAGAACGCGAGAAGGCGUGUGAUGACACGAGUACCCCACAAUCUGGCCGCGGCGCCCCCAGAUCUGCAGGUCCCACCCUAUGUGACAGGCUCUCAGGCAAAACAAGGGGAUCAGCAGGGAUGGAUGCACGCACAGCAGGUGUAA